AUGGCGACCUUCCUCAGCCCAGCGCCAACGCGGCCAUCUACCGCAACUCAGGAAGCAGAGAAAGAAUUUAAUAUAUGUCUUGUCGGCAGUGGGGGCGUGGGAACAAUCGCGGCCGUGGUUUUGGAGAAGAGCAAUAAGGCUAGGGUGACGGUUGUGUUGAGAGGCAGCUAUGAGCUUGUGAACGAGAAGGGCUUUGAUAUUGAAAGUGUUGAUCACGGGAGUUUGAAAGGUUGGAAACCGUCGAGAGUUGUCCCCAGCAUUGAAGAGGCUACUUUUGGUGCCCGACCAGCAAACACAAAUCCGCUGCCAACAGGUGCCGCAACACCCAUGGAGUCAGCGAGAGAACGCUACGACUUCCUCGUCCUGUGUACCAAACAACUCCCAGAUCAAUACUCCCUCUCCGAAAUGGUCACACCUUUGAUUACACCCGGUCUAACAGCCAUCGUGUUAAUACAGAAUGGCAUCUUCAUCCACAUGCCCUUCGUCAAGGCAUUCCCCGCAAACGUCACUAUGUCCGCUGUCUCCAUGAUUGGGUCCUUCACAGAGGGCGCCAACAAAGUCCGCCAAAUUGGGCCUGAUCGCUUACAUAUCGGUGCCCACUACCAUCCUGGUAUCUCGGAUGAAGUGAGUGCCGAGCGUACGAAGACGUUCAUCGAAUUGUACUCUCAAGGCGGAGCAGCGAGUUGUACCUUAGCACCAGACAUGAUGUUAGCACGGUGGACCAAACUCCUCUGGAACGCACCCUUCAACGGCCUCUGUGCCCUCAUGGAGAUGACACUCGGGGAAGUCCAACGCUCCGGCGCACGCGAACGGCUCGUUGAACCCAUCAUGCGGGAAAUCGUAGCCAUCGCGAAAGCAGACGGCACGGAGCUGACGGAGGAUUUGGUGCAGGAGAUGUUGUGGAGGAGCCCAGAAACGAGUACUUACAGGCCGAGUAUGCUGCUAGAUCGGGAGAAUGGGCGGCCGAUGGAGAUCGAGGUUAUUCUUGGGGAUGCGGUGAGGAGGGGGAAGGAGCUUGGAGUAGCCGCGAAGGUUUUGGAGAGUGUUUAUGACUUGUUAUGUUUGGUGCGGUGGAGACAGAGCAAUCCGAAGGACGAAGGACCGAUGCAUAUUGGUUAG